ACUUAUGGUUUUUGUCUACGAUUGCCUCUUUAAUUGCUACAAAGAUAGCGGAACACAAUAUUUUUGAAUUGCUAUCUUUUGGGAGUUUUUGCUUGAUGGAUAAAUAUUUAGGACUACAAGGUAAAAGUUACUUGCCAACAUUCUGUUAAUAGCAGACACUGAACUUAAAGCCGACUCGACUGAAUAGUUCACAGGCGCCAUUUUGGAUAGCGUGUGUUCUUUUAGGUACCGGUACAUUUUUGUCAUCUCAAGCUGGUCAAUUUGUGGAUAUCAUUGCUUCCCAUAUCCAGUUACCGACGAGAUGAACCUCAGCGAUUCAGCGCAAUCUUCAUCUUUGCACCAGCAUGAAGCCGAUACCGAGCGAGGCUGCUGAAGAGGAGUGGUACGACCUCCUCAUGCCACUCCUCGAGCCCAUGGAGGGGAUUUAUGUCGACCUGGACUACCAACAGUGUCAUUCAGAACCCCCUCCACCCGUCGACCCCGAAGACGUGCCGCUGUUCACUUUUUUGACAGAAAACGACAUAGGCUACCUGGGCAACCAUCUAACUUAUUCACCACCCCCCACAUCCAUCCACUCAGAUGACCUACCACUGUCCAACCCGUCGACAGGAAGCCAGCACAGCGACUCGAGCGACUGCUCUAACCUGGGGGACACUGUGGACCAGUAUUGUUGCAUGGUCUACAGUGCUCCGGUAUAUUCCAAUAACAUGCAGCCAGCUCUCUGGCACAUUUGGCCACUUGAUGCUGGCAACAAGCAGUGCCUUGAAGAACACCCAAAGAUGCUGCUGGACUGUACAACGUUGACUCAUACAGAAAUGCCUGCCUCGACAAACGUCUCCACAUCAAAAAAAAGGAAACGUGACGUCCAGGAGAACGGAGAUAAGGCCUACAUUAAAAAGCCACCAAACGCCUUCAUGUUAUUUAGGAAGGAACAGAGGCUGAAGGUCAUGGCUCAGUUCAAUAUCCGUGACAGUGCUGAGGCCAAUAAAGCCCUGGGUCACAUGUGGAAGUCGCUCUCAGAGCAGGAGCAGGAAAAGUAUUACCGCCUAGCUGACGCAGAAAAGGGUAUACACAGCCAGUUGUACCCAGACUGGUCCUACACAGACAACUAUGGCAAAAAGAGAGGAAAGCAGAAAGCAGAAACUUCAACCAAGAAAGUGCAUCAAUGUAAAUGUGAUUGCCAUUGUGAGGCUGUAGAAUAGAGUGGACCAUGCUUAGAAAUGUUUUUGACCUGAGCUUAAAAGCUUGGAAAAAUAGUUUUUAAAUAUCACAUUAGGACUGUUAUUUUCCUGUAGUCAAGACACUAUCACAUAUCGGUGUGUUUAACAUGAUUAUUUUAUUUUUAACUGUAUGGAAAGAUGAUGUACAAUGAGUACAUUUCUCAAAUAAAACCCUCUUAUGAA